GAUGUCAAUGGCUCGUGACAUUUGACGUCACGUUCAGGAGAAGUGAAUAAACAAAUUGCUAAAUAACUCAGUAUCAUCUGACUUUUUCAGUCAAAAGAAGACAAGACAGCAAGUUUUAACAGUAUAGAAAAUCAUUUACAUAUAGAAUAAAACAAGAUGUCGGGAUUAUAUCCUACUCUAGAAGACAUGAAAGUUGACCAAAUGGCACAGGCUCAGCACCAGUAUGAGUCUGCGGCCGCCGGUCAGAUUACCUACCCACAACAACAGGGGUCAGAGUCCCAGCCCUACCCCACACAGCAGGGGGCCUCCCUCUACCCCUCACUGGGGAGCUACAUGGGUCUGGAACUUACCCCAGCUUUUGUAGAACAAAACAUGCCAGUAGUAGCUCAGAACAUGCAGGUUGGAGUUCGCACGAACUCAUCUGGACAGAUGCAAGUAGCUCCAAUCACAGGAGCCAACAAAGGACUACAGAGAGCUGAGAUCAAACAGGGAGUCCGAGAGGUCGUCACGUGUAAAGACGCAGAUGGAAGGAUUGGGCUUAGAGUACGGCACGUCAACAAUGGUCUAUUUGUGGCAUUAGUACAGAAUAACUUCCCCGCAGCUCUGGCAGGGCUGAGGUUUGGGGACCAGAUUUUACAGAUCAAUGGUAAAGACGUAGCUGGCUGGGAUACAGAUAAAGCUCACAAGUUCCUUAAGGAUGCUCCCCCACAGAGGAUAGUGUUCGCUGUCAGAGACAGACCAUUUGAGAGAACUAUCACCAUGCAGAAGGACAGUCAGGGAUUUAUUGGUUUUGUGUUCAAGGACGGUAAAAUUAAGUCUAUUGUGAAGGAUUCCUCCGCCGCUAGGAACGGCGUCCUGACAGACCACCAGCUGAUUGAGGUCAACGGUCAGAAUGUGGUGGGAUUGAAGGAUGACAAAAUUGGUGACAUCAUUGAUGCUGGAGGCAGAACCAUCACAGUCACGAUAAUGCCCAGCUUCCUGUACGACCAUAUCUGUAAAUGUAUGGGUAACAGUCUCAUCAAGAAGCUCAUGGACCACUCUGUCCCUGAUGUGUAACUGACAGAUGUGAUAAAAUGACAUUACAGUACAACAUUAGGGGGAGCUGGUAUCUAGUGACCCAGAAAUCAUGCGCCAAAUCUUCAUAUUGUAGGACAUUACAGAUACAAUUUAUAUGUGCACUGUAUAAUCCUUCACAAGUGAAAUGUCAAUGGGGGCAUAUGGGGUUUUGUAACAUAAAAUAUUUAUAUAUACCCAUCUAAUAGGUACCUUUGCUUAGAUCUGUUGAAAUUCCAUGAUCCAAUAUUAAGGGGAAAAAAAACCUAUGUUUGCAUGUUCAAUUUUCAAUUGUUGUUACAGAUAAAAUCAGUGUUGUUUUACAAAUCUUUAUGUAUUGUCCGUGUUCAAUGUUAUAUUGAAGUUAAAGCUGUGAAAAAUAUCAACUGUUCAUCAUCUUCAUUUGUGUUAUUUUCAUAUGCUGAAUCAUGUGAAAAUUUUUAUUGUAACCACCAUGCCUAAACUGACCAAGGUCUUCUUCAUAAUGCCUGAAUUUGUCUUUUUUUCUGUGAGAUCAGAUUUUUUCAGAUUCCUAAAUUUCACAAUAUUCAUUGAUUUUUCAAAUGUUCAGAUUUUAUGCGACAUUUAUCACCCUUGGUUUGUCUAUUUAUGUUAUUUGCGAAAUCCCUUUUUUUUCCUGCAAAUUUGUAACAGUGAAAGAAACAAUAAGUCCAUCUUUAAAAGAAACAGGACUUGUUUGGUAAAUAUUGGAUUUAUUAAUGCAAUUUAAUUAAUUUUUUAACAUUUAAUUUUCAUUUCUCUUAAAAAAUUAAACUAGAGAAAAUGACAAAACAUUCCUUAUUUAUAAAUAACAUUAUGCUUGUUUUAAAUCUAUUGUAAGCCAUGAAUUUAACCAUGUCAGUGGCAUAAAAUGUUUUUAGAGUGUGAAUUGCAGUUGUGCACGUUUCAUGUAGAAAGCAAAUUUUAUUUACAAAUGAUCAUGUAGCGGAAUUUAUCAAUGCAAGAUGUCUUUUCUGUGGUAGAACUGCGAGCUGAUUAUUACUUGUGUCUUUUUUUAUUUUAAAUUUAUUGAUCAUUAAAAGUUGUUGAAGUAUUGAU